AUGCAAAAUCUCGAUCUCAUGUUUCAGAAACUCAUUGUUUUCGCUCAGAUUACUGCUCGACCACACUGUCUACGGAGCACAGUACUGCGCCUGUACACGCGUCAAUUGGGUCCUGCGUUACAAGUGAAGGGAUCAGAUAUCAACCUCGGCCGACCAGAAGACAGAACCUACACCAACCAGGCAGAAAACCCGAGACGGAAAAAAAAAAGAAAGAAAGAAAGAAUGGCGACGACAGUAUCAUAUCCUGUCCUACCGCAAAAGCUCCUGAUCAUAUCCCUGAAGAUGUAUUUUACGCCCUCGCGCACGUUACAAUAUCUCCGUGAUCUUCUCGAUCCCAAGAGUGAAAUCGUGCUUGCGAAAAACCGCUCAAAAUUGCUGCUUGCCCUAAUCCCAGAUUUUUUGACCAUCUACCCGUGUGCAGAAAUUAUUCGGAAAUGGGAAUCGGAAUUACUAGACACCACCAAGACGGAGAAGUUGCCGCCCCCAUUUCUACUGGGCGGCCAAGACUCGUUCUGGGAAGAUCUGGGCGCAUUUACUGGUGAAGUCUCACCUCUGGCCCUGAAGGAAAUAGGUGCUUCACUCGUUGAACUAGGCCAUGCCGAACGGCGGGAUAUGUUCGGUGAAACGAAUGAAAUUACCGGUAAAAAGGCAGCGGCAGUCUCUAGGCAAGGUUUGAUUCCGCUCGUGUGUAUCGGCGAAUUGAGUGCACCGGGCCAAGUCGCAUCUGAAGCGGUGGGAUUAGCUGUUCGGGAAUGCGAAACACAAAUCCACGCUGUCCUGAGAGCGCUACCGGAUCAUGCGCCCGUCAUAUUCGCCUAUGAGCCUGUUUGGGCUAUCGGACAACCUCAGCCGGCUGGUGUUGAACAUGUUGCGGCUGUUGUGGCGGGGAUUAGGGCUGUGAUUGGGAAGAGAGAAGGGGAUGUUAGGGUAUUAUAUGGUGGUAGUGCUGGGCCAGGGCUUUGGAGUCAAGGUGGUUUGGGAAAGGCCGUUGAUGGUAUGUUUUUGGGUCGGUUUGCGCAUCAAGUUGAGGGUGUUAGGAAGGUUGUUAGAGAAGUCGAGGAGACUUUUGUCGUAGCCUAGAGAAAACUCAUAUAAGAUCAAAUACAUAAAUGGUACACAUAGAGAAUUUCUAAUCAUCUAAUGC